ACGACCGGAAGUGCAGAGUGUUCAUUGAAUGAAAGUGAGGAGCAAACUUCAUUCGACUUCAUCAAUUGUCGUUGCUGAAGAGCAUAUUUUAAUAGGGAACCUUGAUCGUCAGAUAUAUUUAACGAGGGCUGUGUGUGCAUGCACUUGCCAUCUGCAACCGGUGAAGCGUAUGCGCUGGUCAGCGCAUCUUUGUGAGCACACACACACAGCAGCAGUCCACGGGGUGUAUGUAGGCACGAGGAGACGCUUGCAGUCAUGUCUGUAUCGGUGAUCAUAAAGUGGGGCGGUCAGGAGUACUCCAUACGUUCUCUGUCUGAGGAGGACACCAUAAUGGACCUUAAACAGUCGAUUAAGUCCUUGACUGGCGUGCUGCCAGAGAGACAGAAGCUCCUGGGUCUCAAGGUGAAAGGUAAACCAGCAGAGGACGUGGUGAAGCUGGGUUCUCUGAAGCUCAAGCCCAACACCAAGAUCAUGAUGAUGGGCACCAGAGAAGAGGGUCUGGAAGAGGUGUUAGCCCCACCUCCAGAGAACGAUGAUGUUGUCAACGACUUUGACAUUGAGGAGGAAGUCAUCGAAGUGGAAAACAGAGAGGAGAACCUAGCUAAAAUCGCCCGGAGAGUGAAGGACUACAAGGUGGAGGAGCUGAACCCUCCUAGAGAAGGCAAGAGACUCCUUGUGUUGGACGUGGACUACACACUGUUUGAUCAUAAGUCCUGCGCUGAGACGGGUCAAGAGCUGAUGAGACCUUACCUCCACGAGUUCCUGACGUCUGCCUACGAGGACUACGACAUCGUGAUCUGGUCUGCUACAAGUAUGAAGUGGAUUGAUGCCAAAAUGAAGGAGCUAGGAGUCAUUGACAACCCAAACUACAAGAUCACCUUCAUGCUGGACAGUGCAGCCAUGAUCACCGUGCACACACCCAAGAGAGGCGUAGUGGAGGUGAAGCCGCUGGGCGUGGUUUGGGGCAAGUACGAGGAGCUGUACAGCAGGAAGAACACCAUCAUGUUCGACGACAUCGGACGCAACUUCCUCAUGAACCCGCAGAACGGCCUGAAGAUACGACCCUUCAUGAAGGCCCAUCUCAACAGAGAGAAGGACAGAGAGCUGUAUAAACUAGCUCAGUACCUGAAGGAGAUCGCCAAGCUGGAGGACUUCACCGGACUGAACCACAAACACUGGGAAAGGUACUUGUCCAAGAGGCAGAACCACUGAUGACCAGGGAGCGGACACACACACACACACGCACACGCACACAUAGCACACUCACAGACGUAUAGCACACUCACAGACAUGUCACCUCACAGGACUGAGAUGGGCCUCCUAUAUUCCUGCUGUUUGUCUCUCUGUGUGUGUUCUUAAGCAUAAUUCAUGAGUAAUUCCCAUCAACGCUUAUUACAAAGGGACUCAUGUGGGGAGGAGCCUGUAGCCACAGGGGUAGCAGUGGGUCUCGAAGCACAGCAGGUGUGUGUAAGAUAAGACAACAGGUACGUGCGUGACGACAACACUAACUGCUCUGUAAACUUAUGCAAGCAGCUACACGGUCCUUUAUGGGAAAGUAAAGGCUGAUAGUUCAGCUUAACAGCUGUGCGUCUACACUGGCGUUGUUGUUUCACCAGUAGAAAACCAAUCCUAUGAUUUUAUAGGGGUUAGAAUAAGCUAGUUAUUAACCAAUAUUUAUGUAUGCCAACUGUAAACGUAUCAUCAUGAAGCAUAUCAAAAAGAGGGAUUGUCGAGUUUCAUAUAAAGGUGGGCAUAUAAUGUACCGAAAUGUACCUAUGCAUCCUUUUUUUUCUUUCUUUUUUUGUACUUUUCCAAAAUCAGUUUUUGUGUUGCAGAUUGGCCGUUCUUUCAGUCCUAUGGUUUACAUUAGUCCGUGAUGGGUUUGUGUGUUCAAGUAUCAAAGCGAACUGCACCGCUUGACCUACAAACGCAAAGCAACCAACAUUUGUGUGUGUGUGUGUGUGUUGGGGGGGG